AUGCCUUCGAAGCAAAGGAAAAUUGCUAUGAUGGGCUACAGAUCAGUUGGAAAAUCCUCUCUGAUUAUACAAUUUGUGGAAGGACAAUUCGUUGAUUCCUAUGAUCCCACCAUUGAGAAUACUUUUACAAAAUUCAUUCGACUUAACUCCACUGAAUAUGAAGUUAAACUGGUAGACACAGCUGGUCAAGAUGAAUAUAGUAUAUUUCCACUUCAGUACAGCAUGGAUUUUCAUGGUUAUGUUCUGGUAUACUCAAUAACCUCAAGUAAAAGUUUUCAAAUUGUACAAAUAAUCUACGACAAACUCUUAGAUAUGGUUGGAAAAAUUCAUGUCCCUAUUGUCCUAGUUGGAAAUAAAACAGAUCUACAUUUGGAAAGAAAAAUUAGUACAGAAGAAGGAAAACGGUUAGCUGAAAAAUGGAAUGCUGCAUUUGUUGAAACAAGUGCAAAAAGAAAUGAGUCUGUGACGGAUAUGUUUCAUGCAAUGCUCUCAGAAAUAGAGAGGUCAGAUGGUCACAUACCAGAAAAGAGUGGCUGUGUUAUUUGUUAA